AUGUUAGGAGAAAAUAGUAAAAGCUAUUGUAUGAAUCUGUCGUUCGAUGAUUCGAAUAAACGCCGAUGUCCACUGAUUCAAUACGGUUGUGAACAACAUCAAGAGGAGCAUUACGUAUCGGAGCAGCAUCAGAAAACGCUUGCUACGCUAGCGGAGAAUAUUUUUGAAAAUGCAAAAGUUGCUUCUGAAAUCGAGAAUAUCAGUGGUGAACUUGGAACUUGUUUUGAUAACUGUCAAGAAAAACUUUUAACAUCGUUGGACACUGUAGAUGAAAUCAAAGACACGCUUGAACAAAUCGAUCGCAAUCUAAUUCGAUUGGACAAUGAACAAUCUGAAUUAGAAGAAGAAAUAAAUGAUGCAAAAACAAGAAGUACGAUAGAAACACUUCAUAUUGAUGGACUUGUUUUGAAUCAAAACGUCCUUACUCAGGAAAUCAAAGCUAUAAAACAUCAAGUUGAGUAUGAAGGUCGUCAAAUGAAACAUCGUGUUCUAGAUGGAACACAUCUUUGGAAGAUAUUCGCUGUACAGGAAAAGAUUCAUGAUGCUCAAUCAGAACGUCAAACGAGUAUCUAUUCCCCAGCUGUUUAUACAUCUGACUGUGGUUAUAAAGUAUGUAUGCGGCUGUAUUUGAACGGCGAUGGCACUGCACGUGGAACUCAUAUGUCUCUUUUUCUUGUCAUUCUUCGCGGAAAUUAUGACUUGCUGUUGAAAUGGCCUUUUUCCUAUCGAGUGUCGUUUUGUCUCUAUGAUCAGCGAACUUUGAUGGAAUCUGAUAAAAAUAAACAACCAAAGCAUGUUAUAGAAUCAUUUCGACCUGAUACGCGAAGUGCUAGCUUUCAACGUCCUACCUCAACUAUGAAUAUCGCUUCUGGUAUUCCAAAAUUCUUUUCUUUAGCAAAUCUUGACCAAACAGCAGAACGAAAUCGAUAUAUUAUUAAUGACACUAUGUUCAUUAAAGUGUUCAUAGAUUUUACCGGAUUACCUACAUCAGUGAUCCCUUUUAUUUUUAGCGUUAACAUGGCUUUACCUGUACAUGUGCAACAAAAGUUAAUUAACGACGAGUUGAAACGCCGCGAACAACAAAAUACAACUUAA